GUUAUCAGCACAUUGAACAAACAGCUGUUUUAUAUUUUCAAUAUUGCAAUUUGUUACCAAUUGCAUGCAUCCUUCGUUUCCAACCGGCAAUUCAUUCGUCAUGAAAUAAAAUUACAAAAUGGUACAACUAUUCAAAUGUUUAUUAAAAGCUGAGAAAAAGGUUGUGCGCGCACACCUACGUAACGCGUUCAUCGACAGCCUGCGUUUGACAGUGCGUGGUGGUCACGGUGGAAAUGGUAUACCGAAAUAUGGUGGCAUUGGUGGUCAAGGUGGUUGCGUAUAUUUUGUAGCAAAAGAUGGUGUCACGCUGCGGAAUGUAGCACAGAGGUACAAAACAAAGCGUAUAGCGGCUUCCAGUGGUGAGGACAGCAGUAAAGUGCGCAUACUGGGACGACGUGGUUUGGACGAACGCGUCGAAGUGCCAAUGGGUGUGCAAAUAUAUGACGAACGUGGUCAGCUAUUGGGUGAUUUAAAUGAAGAUGAUGCGACAUGCAUUGCAGCAGGCGGUGGUGCUGGCGGUUGUACGGGAAAUAAUUUUUUAGGUACACCAGGUGAUCAUCGCACAGUAAAAUUGGAUUUAAAAUUGAUUGCCGACAUUGGGCUUGUGGGAUUUCCUAAUGCCGGUAAAAGUACGCUGCUGAAAGCCAUUUCGAAUGCGAAUCCGAAAAUCGCUUCGUAUCCAUUCACCACUAUACGUCCACAAAUCGGCACUAUAGAAUACCCUGAUUUACGUCAAAUAACUGUGGCUGAUUUGCCUGGCCUAAUUGAAGGUGCACAUGCAAAUAUUGGCAUGGGUCAUAAAUUUCUGAAACAUGUCGAACGUACACGUCUAUUGCUUAUUAUGGUAGACAUAUUUGGUUUCCGUUUAAGCGCACAGCAUGCUAAACGCGAUUGUUUGGAAAAUAUUUAUGCGCUCAACAAAGAAUUAGAACUAUAUGACGAGACGUUGUUGGAUAAACCUUGCGUGUUAUUGGUGAAUAAAAUGGAUUUGAACGGUGCUGCCGAUGUAUACAAAAGCAUAAAACCAACUAUCAAUAAUUUGGAGAGUGGCUUAGAAAAAUGUCCAGAGGAAAUUAGACCAACAAAACUAAUUAAUAUCGAACGUAUUAUACCAGUAUCUGCUAAGAACGUGAAGCGUAUCGAUGUUGUUAAAAAGGAUCUGCGAGAUGUGCUUGAUGGUAUUGCAGAACGAAAGUACGUGCCUGACCCAUUGGAAUUACGUGAGCAACUAAAAAUAAAAGUGGGCGAACGGGGACCUAAAAUAACUUAGUUUUGUUUUUAACAUAUACUUAGUUUAAUAUAUAACUGUUAUAUUUAUUUAAUAAAGUAUAUUGAAUAAGCACAUUUGCGCAUUAAACAAUAAAAUAUUAAACACGA